AUGGGUAUUAAACUGUUCUCACCCAAGGCCCCUGCACCGAGCAAGGACUUUUACCAGCUACAGCUUACCACUAAAGAGGUAAUUAUUAGAUCAUGGAGAAUUUCACUCAGAAAUGAGUUCCGUGAUGCUAGACCCAGUGUAAAUAAAGAAUCGCACCAAGACUUUCUGGACAGUCCAACAAUACAAGCUCAGGUUGGUAUAAUCUUUGGGGAAAAUAUCCUGCAGUAUGUCGUCAAAGCUUGUCAAGGUCACUUUGAUUUCUUGGAGCGUCUUCCAGAGCCUCUUAUUCUACGCAUCUUAGAUUUCCUUGACCUGGAGGACAUUGCACGUCUAUCCCAGGUGUCACACAGAUUCCAGACGAUCUGCAAUUCUGACAAGUUUUGGGAGCAUAUUGUAGAGACCUCAUGUGAUCGUAUCACCCCAGAGAUGAGGUCUUUAGCGCAGGACGUAGGCUGGAAGACGCUUUUCUUCACUAAUAAACUACAGCUGCAAUUACAGCUUCGGAGGCGUAAGAACAAACAGGAUCAAGAGAUGUCUCGUUACUAACAAGCUUGACCACUAAGAUGCUUCUAUAGCAGUGUUAUAACAUUAAUACCUUAAACAGAAGGAAGUUGCUGGCAGCUCAUUUCAGUUCUUACCUAAAAGUUACGUUUCACUGUGUUCAUUGAAUACAUUAUCUUGCAGAUGUCUAGUGUACGUUCCAGCCAGUUCUUUAUAUAAAAAGUAUCGCCAUUG